ACCAAUGCUAUAAGAAGUCAGAUUUGCUUUAUUUCGGACAUAAUAAAAAAGUGAUUAGAUGCGCUCGAAUACAGUGUAAAACGUUCAAAAUGCGCAGUUUAAUAUUUUCCCAAUUUUUCAUUGGGCUGCUGAUUUACUCAAAGAUUCCAGCAUCAUCACAAGAAAGCCUUCUCAUCAGAAUAGCUAGAAAUGGAAACUCAAUUGAAAACGCCACUGAUGGAGACGAUGGACGCAGAGUAAAUCAGUUUCAACAUUUGCCUAACCCAUACGAUGGAUUUUAUCCUAUGCCUUUUUAUCCGCCGCCUCCUCCUCCUCCACCAUUCGGCCCUCCAGGUUUCGGACACCCACAUCAUCAUUUUGGUUCCUUUCCUCCUCCACCUCCUCGUCCAAUAAACCAUUGCAACUGCAAUCGAACUACUGCACAAGAAGGCGCAAAUGAGGACAGAAACACCAAUACUAAUGGAACUUUUACAGAGCUUCCUGUAAAUGGUACAUCUGGUAACAAUGGAACAGAAUGGGGUUCGGAGCUCUAUCCCUUGAGGGAAGGCGAACCUGCUGAUCCAGAAGUCGCGCGUUUUCAAAACGCUUGAUGUUAUCAACAGCAAGAAACAAUGUUUUAACAGCAAGAAACAAUGAUGAUUUUAUAUGAAUUUAUACAAAAAUUUGUAAACAGAAUCCAUGUGUUUUUUUGUAUGAAAUACAGCCUAAGAACAGAUUGAAAUUGUCA